AUGAAUGACACGUACUUGAGGUCUUUGGAAGUGGUUUUGGGGCUUACCAAGCGCUCGCUCUUUCCUUUCACCAUCAUCCACUCCUCUUCAGCUCCCCUUUCCGCAACUAUCAUAAUGACCAGUGACCCUCCAACUUUCGAGCCCACAACCGUGACUCUCAAGUCUCUCGCUGACAGCAGCAUUGUCGGGGUCAACCUAUAUUCGUCCCGGGCGGAAGUCACUCGCUUGUUCAAGCUCAAGCUUGCUGCGGGCCACAACACGGUCAAGGUUGUGGAUUUGCCAAGUUCGCUUGAGUCCGAGACGCUUCGGGUCGAAGGCCGGGGUUCAGCAACGAUCCAUGAUGUGGCGGUAAAGCGGAUUGAGAGGGAACACACUCCGACCUUAAGCCACAAGCUUAACGAGCUCAAUGCGAACCAAGAAGAGAUAUCGGAUGCCCUCGCUCGAACUGAGCGAUCUAUUGCGACGCUUAAACAAUACCUCAACUCGCUCAACGUCCAACACCUCCCUGUUACCGACUUGGACGACGUCCUGUUACGCUGUGAGGCUACUGGGGAACGUCUUGACCGCAAGAAGAAAGAUUUGAAGGCAGACUUGGAUCGUCUCGACGAUGAAAUAGCCUUGGAGACAGACCGCCUCUAUACGCCUCAAGAUGACGAGAAACUGCGUAUGAGUGCUUCUGUUGGUGUGUUCGCAGCGGAGGCCGGCGAUGUUGAGAUUGCCUUGAUUUAUACUAUUCCGGAUGCAACUUGGACGGCAUUCUACAAUAUCAGGGUGGACAUGAACACUGAAGAGAGCUCCGUUAAACUCAUCUACAAGGCGGCCGUCACACAAAACACCGGCGAGCCUUGGGACAAUGUCCCGCUGCAGCUCGAAACAUCCACUCCAACAUUCGGGUUGGGACUGCCGACAUUGAAUCCCUGGAAUCUAUCUGUUGGGGCUCCGCCCUCCUCUUCGUUAAUUCUCCCAGCGGCGGUAAUACCUCCACCUCCCCCUCCUCUAGCUCGAGCAGCACCCGCUCCUAUGGUUCGAACAAGAAGGGCGGCCGCGUCAAGUCCCGUGAUGGCUGUCGCCAGCACCUUCGUUUCUUCGAAGGGAAAUAUAAGCGCAACUUUUCGAGUGCCAGGCCUUGUGUCUAUUCCCUGUGACGGUCAAGCACACAACUUCACCAUCGUCGAGCUUGAUCUCAAAGCAGCGAUGUCAUGGGUUUCGGUCCCCAAAGUUGAUCCCAAGGCGCAUCUGAGCGCGCGUGUGAUGAACGCAUCCGAGUAUACGUUGCUUUCAGGGGAGGCCAGCAUUUACGUCGAUGGAAGCUUCAUUUCACGAUCGCGUAUCCCACCCGUCAGUCCUCAAGAGAGCUUCGACUGUCCCCUUGGCCUUGAUCCGUCUGUUCGCAUAACAUACCAUCCAGUUCUGAAGGGCCGGACGCAAUCAGGCUUCUACACCAAGAUAUCGACGCACACCUUUUCGCAGCGCAUCACCGUUCACAACACCAAGUCGGUCGCGUUGCGUCGAUUGAAGAUCAUUGACCAGAUACCGACUUCGCAAGACUCGCAGAUCGAGGUCAAGCUCGUCAAUCCGCCAUUGAGUCUGCCCGAUAAUUCCAUUCGGAAUAGCGUCAGCAACAGCGACAGCGAGAAACAGGAAACGGUGUCUUUGGGAAACGGCAUCACCGCCCAAUGGGAUGGCGCCGACGACGCAAACUAUGAUCCCAAAACGCUGGGCUUGGAGAGGAAGCUUAACUUUGUGUGCGGGGUGCCCGCGCAGCAGAAGAUCAAUCUUUUACUCGAGUGGGAGGUCGCUUCCCCAGCACGGGCAUUGGUGGUAGGGUUGUAG